CCGCACGAGCAGGCUUUCUGUUGUGUAUACCCCCAAACCAGAUUCUCUUUCUCUCUCUACUCAGACGCAUCAUCGGACGAGAAGAUGAUGAUUGCCAUGCACGAAGAAGGAGACGACGAUUCACUGUGAUCACAGCUAUUCUUCACUUCGAAUCCACUCAUCUCCGAUCUAAUUCUCUCUAUUUGAUCCAUAUCCGUCUAAUUUCUUAUGCUCUCUUCGUCUCCACUUCCGAUUACGAGAUCCACAAUCAGACUCUAUGAGGAAGAAGCUCGACACUCGUUUUCCUGCCGCUCGGAUUAAGAAGAUAAUGCAAGCAGAUGAAGAUGUUGGGAAGAUUGCUAUGGCUGUUCCUGUUCUUGUUUCAAAAGCGUUGGAAUUGUUUCUGCAAGAUCUCUGCGAUCGUACAUACGACAUAACACUUCAAAGAGGCGCAAAGACGAUGAGUGCACUUCACUUAAAACAUUGUGUACAAAGCUAUAACGUCUUUGAUUUUCUGAGGGAUGUUGUGAAUAAGGUUCCAGACUAUGGUCACUCCGAAGCUGCUACUGCUUCUUCUGUUGGGGAAGAUCGGGCAGUGUCAAGAAGAAGGAAAGCUCCGGGAGAUGAAUUAAACGAUAGUGACGAGGAUACAAAGACUAGGAGGAUGAAUGAGACAGGCCAUGCGAGCAGCAGUGGUAGAGGAAGAGGGAGGGGAAGAGGUAGAGGACGCGGGAGAGGAAGGGCAGCUUCUAAAGUAGAACACGACAUUGAAUUGGAACCUUCCGGAAGCAAGCAUCCAAGUCCGGGGAGGUCACCUCCAAUGGAUGUGGUUAUUCAAGAAGAAAACAAAGAAAGGGGAGAAGACAGUGCCAAAAAAGCAGUUGCUGACUCUGUUAGUGCUAGCCCAGCUUUACUAGACAUCGAUCUGAAUGCAGACUUUGAAGAGAAUAGUCAGGAGACAAGAGUAAUCCCUGCUUCAACAGUUGAAGAAGUUACUACUACUACUACUAAUAAUAAUAAAGCAGCAGCAGCGGGUGAAGAGAUUCGACUGUCUGAGAUGGACAGAAUGGCGGUUCUGCAAUUUGGGAAUAUUAACGAAGAAGAAGAAGAAGACUACGACGAAGUAGAAGAAGAAGAAGAGGAGGAGGGUUAAGGGUUAAUCAAGGUUGGUUGGUUGGUUGUAUCAUGAUGAUCUCAUUUUAAUGUUUGAUAGUAUUAAUUUGGCUAACUAACAGAGUAGAUUUGUGUUAGGUCAUAUCUAUGUUGGGAUGAAAUUCAUUUUUAUGUAGAAAAAAGCUUAACUUUCUAUCGAAAUAGAGUUUAGCUAGCUAGAGAAUAGACAUCUCUCACACACACUGUUCUUAAUGGAAGUCAUAUCAUAUUAUCAUAUUUAUAAUAUGCCUCAAGUUGUUUAUUCCA